AUGGCUACUCCCACGACGGCGCCCGCUCCUCAGCGCCACCUCGCCUCGAGGCCGACCAGCGUCCACUCUGCCUCGUCCAUCCAGGCGUCCACUCCCAUGAAGGGCGGCAGCACCACGACCGACGGAGAGAAGCACUACACGCACGAGACCAUCAACCAGGUCACCAAGCACGAGCAGAACCAUGGACAGCUCAAGAACUUCUCCAUGCUCUCCUUGAUCGGGUUGGCGUACUGCGUCUUGAACUCGUGGACCGCCAUGGCUUCGUCCUUGAGCAUCGUUCUUCCCUCCGGCGGACCCGUCGCCAUGCUCUGGGGUCUCUGCGUCUCCUUCAUCGGCAACCUCGCGACCGCCGCCUCUCUCGCCGAAAUCGUCCACGUAUUCCCAACCUCCGGCGGUCCAUACCACAUGUCGCACAUCCUCGCUCCCUUGUCCUGGGCUCCCCAAAUCAGCUGGGUUACGGGCUGGUUGGCGUGCGCGGGUUGGGUUACGCUCACGGCUACGACGGGGAGUUUGGCGGCGGCGCUGUUGUUGGGGAUGUAUGGACUGUCGCAUGAAGAGUUUGCGAGUCAGCCGUAUCAGACCUUUGUCAUUUACACCGGCUUCAUCGUCAUCGCGACAUUCAUCAACAUCUACGGCUCGCGCCUCCUCCCUCUCAUCAACUCGGCCGCCAUCAUCUGGUCCCUCGCCGGCGCAACCGUCAUCCUCAUCGUCUGCCUCGCGACUUCGGCCCCGAACUUCCAGUCGGCUUCGUACGUCUUCGGCACGCUCAUCAACGAGACUGGGUUCCCCAACGGCAUCGCCUUCAUCCUCGGGUUACUCCAGUCCUCGUUCGGCCUGAUCGGCAUCGACGCCCUCUCGCACAUGGUCGAAGAGAUCCCCGAACCUCACAAGAACGUCCCGCGCGCCAUGAUCGCGGCAGUCUGCAUCGGCGCCGGCUCGUCCUGGGUCCUCCUCCUCGCCCUCUUGUUCGUCAUGCGCGACCCCGCAACCGCAAUCACCUCGACCGCCGGAUCGCUCCUGGCGACCAUCUACCAAGCCACGGGAAACGUCGCCGGAUCGAUCUGCUUGCAGGUCUUCCCGCUCGUGUCGAUGGAGUUUGCGGCGCAGGGGAUCUUGUGCGCGGCGAGUCGUCAGGUCUUUGCGUUUGCGCGCGACGAGGGCUUGCCGUUCUCGGGCUUCUUUGGCAAAGCGGACCCGAAGACGGGCGUGCCUGUUCGCGCGGUCUUGUUCGUUGCGGCUUGGGUCGAGAUCUUUGCGCUCAUUUACUUUGGCUCCUCGGCCGCAUUCAACGCCAUCCUCUCCGUCUCGGUCGUACUCCUCAACAUCUCCUACAUAAUCCCCAUCCUCCUCCUCCUCACCCGAGGCCGCCACCUCCUCCGACCGGAAUCCUUCCCGAGCCCAACUUGGACGCUCGGACCGAUCCUCGGACCCGUCGCGAAUGUCGUCGCCGUCGCAUUCACGGCUAUGACGACUGUGUUCUUCUUGUUCCCGCCCGAGGCGAAGCCGACUGGGUCGAGCAUGAACUACGCCGUCGCCGUAAUGGGCAUCGUCUUCAUCCUCUCCCUCAUCACCUGGCUCUUCCAAGGCCGCAAGACUUUCACGGGCCCGCGCGACCUCGGGGGGUUGCUUGAGUUGGCGAGGGCGGAGGUGAAUGAUGAGAGGGUGUUGAGUAGGCAGGGAACGAGGAGGAGGGAGAGUAGGAGUAGGGAGAGGACGCACGGUGAGGGAGAGAAGGUGGUUGCCUGA